AUGAUAGAGGCUGCUUUGAGGGGAGAUGUAGAGUUUGUGGUAGAGAGUUUGAAGUCAGAAACAGUAGAUGUGAAUUAUAUAGGGAUAGUAAGCUUGAGAAUGAUGUGUGUUGAGACUGUGUUAAGAGAAGAAGAGGCUGAUGAGAUUGAGAUUCAGUACAGGGAUUUUGUCACUGAUGUCACUCCAUUUUUUGCUGCUGCUCAUUCUGGUCAUGUUGAAAUUGCCAGGAAAUUCUGGAGUUUAUGUGAACCAGGGGUUAUUUCGAGGUUUUGCUACCACACUGCUGCUCGUGAAGGUCACCGUGUCCUUCUUGACAUGCUACUCAAGGCAGUUGCAUCUCAAUCAACUUUUGAAGAUGCAUUACUCGGAGAUGAGAGGACCGAAUGUGGCACUACACGCACUUGUAUCAGUUAG